AUGUGGAAAUCUGCCCUCCCAACCUUCGUGGCCGACCUCCCCCUCCUGCAGACCGGCCGCUGCCUAAGCUGCCAAUUCCGCAACCCAGCAACUCUCUCCCAGCUACGGACCAAACCCUUUUCUCUACGCCAAUAUUCCAGCAAAACUGAUAAGCCCAUUGAGACCAAAGAUCCCGCCCCGGUGAAACGAAACUUACGAAACGAGGGAAGCCGCCUAUCGACUGCUAUCGACUUCAAACAGAACCAGUCCUCCAAGGAUGGACCUCAACCCGGCGACGCAGACUUCGUUCCUCCGAGCCUGGACCGGCCUAUCGGUAGCCCACAAGCACCAUUAGAAGGACAGAACACAGGUAUUGACACGCGCUCGCUGCGCCAGCGGCGCGACGACUUUACGAACUAUGACCGGCACAUUAAGCGGCGCAAGGAAUUGACAAAACAAGUCGCCAAGCCGUAUUUCCGGGAAUGGUCCAAUCUCCGCUUCGCCGAGGGCAAGACCUUCGUCUCGAACCCACGGCUGUUCAAAGCCGAGAAAGCCCUUUACUUCCCGAAUAUGCACGGCAUAACGCUAGCAUCGCCCAAGGAUCCACAGAACACGACAACGCAGCUGCGCGGCAGCAUCUCCGUCGUAAACUUGUUCUCUAGUAUGUGGGCUGAGAGCCAGGUUGCGACUUUUACGGGGCCGAAGCAGAAUCCGGGACUUGUGGAGGCGUUGGCCAGCGGUGGAAGACUUGUGCAGAGGAUCGAUAUCAAUCUCGAGGAGAACCGGUUGAAGGCGUUUCUGAUUAAGACGUUCAUGUGGCGGAUGCGGCAGAAAUUGCCUGCAGCGCAACAUUCACGCUACUUCCUUGUGCAGAAGGGUUUCGAUCAGGCGCUCAAGGAGACCAUUGGAAUGAUGAAUUCCAAGGUCGGUUAUGUCUACCUGGUUGAUUCGGAGUGUCGCAUCCGUUGGGCGGGGAGUGGACCAGCUGAAGAGUCUGAGUUGCAGGGGCUUAAUACUGGUUUGCGGAAGCUUAUCGAGGAGAAGAAGGCCGCCCUCCGAGCACAGGACCCGUCUCGCAAGUACUAA